AUGGAUAUUGAGGAAGAAUCAAAGUCAAGUGAAACUCUUGACGAGUCGGUUGUAGAUUAUAGUGAAGAAGACGAGCAGACAAAAAAAUCCACUGAACCAAAAUUGGCAAAAGUCGAAUACGAUUAUCAGGCUAAGGAAACUGACGAAUUAUCUCUUGAUAAAGGUGAUGUGGUAACCGUGAUAGAACAAGUUGAUAAAGGGUGGUGGAAAGGUGAUCUGAAUGGCAAGAUUGGCAUGUUUCCAGCAAAUCAUGUAAAAUUAAUCGAAGUCCCAAGCAAACCAGAUGGCGAAGAAAAUGAAGAGAAUGCAGAGAAUCAAAGUCAUUUACCAAGAAAGUUAAAAACCUAUGGUGUCAGACCUGGAGGAAUUGGCAGUUUAUUUUCUGGUGGUAUACCUUUAAAAAAUAAACGAAACCAAUCUUCCAAAAAUGAUGAUACUUCUACAUUAAAAAAGACUACCAGUCGUAGCGCUUCAGAAGAUUCUGAAUCUACAAAAGACGAUAAAUUGGCAUCUCCACCCAUGAUAGCGAAAUCUCCGACGAUUCCUAAACUGCCACCAAAAAAACGACGUACUAAACAAAAUACAGCCACUGUUAUGUAUGAUUACGAUGCUGAAGAAGAAGGUGAAAUUUCAUUGAAGGAAGGAACGACUAUUACAAUUUUGGAAAAAACAGAUGAUGGUUGGUGGAGGGGAAAAAAUGAACAAGGCGAAGCUGGAAUAUUUCCUUCUACAUAUGUGACAGAGAUUAAAACAACAGAUGCUAGCCCAACUGCAGAAGAAGCUGACAGUGAAAAACCUGCUAAAACUGAAGAACAAGAACUGCAACAGAUUCCCACAAGUCCAAAACGUACAAAAUCGCCUGAACAACCUACUUCCCCACGAACCGUACAAAUUGGCGAAGAUUCUAAAUCGCCUGUAACACCUCCAAGACGGCCCACAAAUCCUCCAAGCAAUCGAACUUCCACUCACGAAGACUCGUUAAAUCGACAAUCUAUCCAUGAAUCUACUGAUGAAUCUCGGCAAAGUACAAGUGAAAGUGGUGAAUCCAAUGUAACUCGUCGACCUCCCUCACUUAUUUCUCCAGAUCUUCCUCCAAUGCAAUAUCAAUCACCACGUCAUCCAUCAAAAUCUACACUUCCUGGUAUUCCAACAGACAUUGAUAAGUCAUCAGACACUUAUUCUGAAAUUGUGACUUCACCAAUUUCUCCUGUUGAACGUCCCGUCCCACCUAGACCCAGACCCACAUCACAACACGAAGCCAAGUCUGACUCACCAAAAUCACCACCACCGUUAGCAAGACCACCUACAAUUCCCAAACCCUCAUUUGCUCCGGCAAAGCCACCUACCGUCCAAAGAAGAUCAACACGUAAAGAUUCUAAGAAUGCGCCGGGUGAAACGAAUUCAGAAACAUCUGAAGAACAAAUUGAAAAAAUAGAGUCAUCAGAAAAUCAAGAAACUUAUGAUGAUGAUAAACCCUCAUUUGCUCCGGCAAAGCCACCUACCGUCCAAAGAAGAUCAACACGUAAAGAUUCUAAGAAUGCUCCGGAACCUGAUAUAGAUUCUAACAAAGAAACUGAUGUUCAACAAACUGAUAUUGAACAUGAUGAUACCAAUAGUCAAAAUGAUCAAGAAGAUACAGUUAAUCAAGAUAAUGAAAUUAAAGAAAAACAACCAGAACCCCCUGUAAUCGCUACUCCUCCAAGAUUACCUAGUUUAGGUGUUAAGGAAAGGCCAACUAGAAGUAGGCCUCCGACAAAGAAUAUAAAAAACCCUAGCCAAUCUGAUUUAUUGGAAAAAGAAGUUGCAUCGGCUAAAGAUGAAGAACCACCAAAAUCUCAAGUUACACCACCAAAACCAGAAAAGCCUGCCAAGCCAAGCAUGUUCAAACUGCCAAUUGCUGGUGCUGGAGUUCCACCAGUGGCGCUACGACCUGUUGCAAAAAGGGUAGUCGAGCCUCCAACUUCAAGUUCCGAACCUUCCGAACCUUCAUCAACAUCUUCAUCUAAUACUGAUUCCAAACCUAUCGGUAGUGUAAAAUCGAUAUCAAAUAGGUUCAAUAUUCCAAAUGUUUCUAGCAGUUCCGAAGUAGAAUUUCGAUUAAAGAAAUGGUUUAAUGAAGAAAUUAAUAAGGUUAAAGCGAACUUUGAAGCUCGGCUAGCCGAAGAGAGAAGUAAGAGGGAGGCACUCGAAGAAACAGUUAGAGAAUUACAAGAAAGACUGGAAGAGUAA